AUGAUUAAUGUGGUGCGACCCGCUGUAGAAAUUGGUGCUUUUAAGGAGUACAAGACCCCAAGAAAGAUUGUCUUUGACUCUCUGCCAAAGACAAACUUUGACCUUUCUAAUCUUCCAAUUCCACUGUUUCAAUUAACAGACAACCCAACAUCAUACAUCCUUUUAUCACAAUUGGCAAAUUUUUGGAACUAUCCGUCUUCCUACCAGGUUAUCCAAAAAUUAUCGAAAGGCACUCGUACCAAAAAGGAACAAUUCGUUAAACAAUCCAAUGCCAAAUUAAAUGAUGCUCUUUGGGAAGCUAAAUUGAUAACCAAAGCGCAAAUUAAAGUCAGAAUGACUUAUGUGGAAGUGGAUUGGCUAGUCAAUAAUGUAGCUACAGAAUCAUUGAAGCCAGAAAUUGUUGAUGAGGAAGAUGCUUUUGGUACCCAGAAUAGAGGAUCCAAGGGAAACGCAGCUGCUGAAGACGACCUUAAGAUUACUGUGUCACAAGUGUUCCCUCAAUUUAACAACAUCGACUCGACGAUUGAGUAUACCCACUCGGCCUUCAAUACUCUUACCAACCUCUCCAAAUAUAAUUAUUACACUUCAUCGCCUUCACUUGGUAAGUUCCUUCCUGCCAGUAAAAUGAGUGCCAGUGAGAUGGAAUUGAUUCUCAAGGAUACUGACUUUGCCGAAGUAGAAGUAGCUAGACCAGGAGCUCAGGUAACGGCAACCACCAAGGCUAGACCAGAAACAGAAAGAAAACGGAAACCCAUUGGAAGAAGUAAGAAAUACAACACCAACAUUGACCCGAACUCAAUUGAUUUACUGGAAUCUCUCAUUCCUGGUCAAGGGUAUAUUCCCGAAUUCAAUGUGUCCCAUCUUUGCAAAGUUCCUAACUACUAUGUAACCACCAAUUCUGCCACCGUGGCCGGUACCACCGGUAGCAAUGGAAGUGGUGGGAAUACGCCUUCGCUUAAGAAGUCCUCAUCAUCGUUAUUCGGUAGUUCGGCCUCUGGAACCAAUUCUGCUGGUGCUGGUGCUGGUGCUACUACUGGCACUGUCAAUGGAGCUGAGCCUACUGUGAAACUUGCAAAGAAUAUUCAACAACUUGUUGCUGCAGCACAAGAAAAUGAUAAUUCUUCACUCUCCAAAUACUACUAUACUAUGUCGUAUAGAGGACCUGGAAGUGGGAAUUAUAAGGAUGCUGCUCUCAUCAACAAAAUUAACAAAAUACCUGUGACAUCUAAUACUCGCCGUAUAUAUAAAUGUCCGCAUAAGUCACUUCGCCAAGUGCGAGCCAAGGGCCGUGAUAAGGCAGUGAAGUACUCAUCUGCCGUCAAGGGGUUCAUACCUGAUGCUUUUACGAAAGAGUUUGUGGCUCAGACAUUUGAUCGUCAAAGGAAUAUUGUUGAAGACUCGACCAAUUUGGAAAUCCUUCACAACAAUCUUCAGUUUAAUAUAUUACUCAAUGCUUAUCGAGAGAUUUCAGAAGACACAUGGCUGAAUUAUUAUAAGUUCAAGCUCGUGGAUUUUGAACAAUUGGGAAUGAUCCAAAGAGAAAAAUUGAAGGAAGCCCAACGUCAACAACAAAUCGAAGAAGGAGCUCAACCUCCACCACUUCCAUACAAGCUAGGGGAUAGGUUCAAUACACCAGCUCUGUUCCCCGAAUUGCUUACCAAGAUUCCAGUUGAACUCCGGGAUGAAGAUGGCGACGCUGAAAAUGAGAUUCCUUCAAUCAAACGUGCUUUGGAUGUGACUACAACGUAUCCAGAUUUAGCCAAUCCUCAAUUAUUAACCCAAGUAGAGGUUGUCAAGGUUCCAAAUGCGAACUCUAUUGGGUGGGACAAUAUUAAAAAGUAUAGAUCUUAUGUUUAG